AUAAUAUCUCCCAUUUCUUUUAAAUAAUGAAAUAAAGCCUACCACAUUGAUUAGAAUAAGCGUGUUCUGGUAAUGUUUUCUUCUACUUUAUGAUUCACAAGUGACUCCAAAUUGAGAGAAACUUCACCCUUUUUCUCUAUCCAAAAAUGCAUGCAUAAAACACAGAUAACUAUAUAUAUUGUGUAUGCAGAUAGUGCACUCUCUCUCUCUAAACCCCUUUAAUUCUUCUGCAAAUUGCUACUCUUUGUUAAGAGGUACUGAGAUUAUGCGAGCAAGGCCAAAAAGGUCUGGUAGCUGCAUUGUGCUGUUUGUGCAAGUAACUCAAUUGGUGUGAUCCUUCCUUGUUUAUACCCAUCAUGCCUUUGUGGUGGGGGAAGUCGCCCAAAGACGUGAAAAAGAAAUUGAAUGUGGAGAAUAUAAUCCCCUCAGUGCACAGGAAAUGCAUUCGGCCUGGGAUUUUUCGAAGACAACGUAGUGAUUCUACUUGUCAAAAGGAAUUUCAAACCAGGGCAGAUCCCCUUUCUUUAUUGCCGUCCAAACAAGUGUUGUGCAGUCAUUGUUCUUGUCAAAAGGCCCAGCCACUUCCCCUCCCUGGUACUCAUUGGAAUUCAAGAGAGAUGGUGAAGCCAGCUUAUAGUUUGUUGAAUUAUCGAGCUUGUCCCAUAUCUCCUGAACAGAGACAUGUGAACUGUAAAGUUGCUUGUUCAGAGCCUCAUCCGGGUGUUGUGUCAAAUACUUCAGACAGCUCAGUUUCAAGUCCUUCUAGAAGCCCGUCAAGAUGUUUUGGUGAGCGGGCAAUGCAGCAUGCAGAAGUACCUCUACAAGGACUUGGACAGUCCCCGGUCCCUCGUUCUGUACACAAUUCACGAAACAAUUCCUUUACAGAGGAUAUCCCUUGUCAGCUCCUUUCGCCGAAUUGCAGGUGUAGUCCAGAGUAUUCCCCGUUGACCAGCCCCCGAAUGAUGAGCCCUGGUCCUGGCUCGAGGAUACAUAGUGGUGGGGUUUCGCCUCGUCAUCCUCACGCGGGGGCAACUGCAGCCGAGCCCUCUGCAGCCCGGCCCGAUGAUGGGAGGAACCGGAGCCACCCAUUGCCUCUACCUCCACUGCAAAUAUGUAAUCCUUCUCCUUUUAUUCCAUCUUAUUCACCAGCGACAUCACCCAAGCUUCCACGGAGUCCUGGUAGGACUGAUAAUUCUUCAAGCUUGGCUUCACGCUGGAAAAAAGGACGACCACUUGGAAGAGGAACAUUUGGACAAGUUUAUUUGGGUUUUAAUAGCGAAAGUGGUGAGAUGUGUGCCAUGAAGGAGGUUACAUUGUUCUCUGACGAUGCUAAGUCGAAGGAAAGUGCACAGCAACUUGGACAUGAAAUUUUACUCUUAAGUCGUCUACGUCAUCCAAAUAUUGUGCAAUAUUAUGGGUCAGAGAUGCUAGAUAACAAACUAUACAUAUACCUUGAGUAUGUAUCUGGUGGUUCGGUUCACAAAAUUCUGCAAGAUUACGGGCAGUUGGGUGAAGCAGCAAUCAGAAGCUACACCCAACAGAUUUUAUCUGGGCUGGCUUAUUUGCAUGCCAAAAAUACAAUUCAUAGGGACAUCAAAGGAGCAAAUAUUCUUGUUGACCCUAAUGGGAGGGUGAGAUUGGCUGAUUUUGGGAUGGCAAAACAUAUAACUGCUUCCUGUCCAUUGUCGUUCAAGGGAAGUCCGUACUGGAUGGCGCCUGAGGUCAUAACAAACUCGAGUAGUUGUAACCUCGCGGUGGAUAUAUGGAGCCUCGGGUGCACUGUUUUAGAAAUGGCCACCGCAAAACCACCUUGGAGUCAAUAUGAAGGGGUUGCUGCCCUAUUCAAGGUUGGAAACAGCAAGGAACUUCCGGAUAUUCCGGACCACCUAUCAGAUGAAGGCAAGGAUUUCGUAAUGAAAUGCUUGCAGAGAAAUCCCAGCCGUCGACCGACAGCCGCUCAGCUACUGGAGCAUCCCUUUGUUAAAAAAUGUAGCCCAUUGGAAAGAUCCGUUCCAGGGCCUUUAGAAUCCAUUCCUGCAUUCAUGCAAGCAGUCAAAACACUGGGAUCUGGACGCUCUAGAAUUUCUCCCUAUUUAGACUCUUCCGAGGCUGUCACUCCAUCCGAAAGCCCGAAAGUUUUUCCUCGAUUUAGUGAUGGCUUUAUAUUGAAUAACUAUUCCGGCCCUCUUUCUCCAUCUCAAAACUCUGUUUCAUACUCACCCCCACCUCAGUUUAAAAAGGGACGAGUUUCCCCUGCUCCAUCUGGUGCUUCGACUCCGCCAGGUGUCGCCACCAAGGCUACCGCUAGUCCACCACACCAUCUAAACACAUCAAGCCAGUCGAACAAGCCUAAAAUAUUUCGUGGGUUUCUUCAGAAGGCUCAUUCAUCCGUGGAUAAACUCUCGCGUGGAGUUGAAUUUUUUGAACAAGAGUUUGAAAGGCCUAUUGCAUGGAAAGAGAAAUUAAAUGGCACACAUAUGAUGUUAGCCGAUCAAGUGUCACCACAGCUGUCUGGUAAUCUCGUGAGACAACGACCAGUGGUGGAACUUAGACCAAGUCCUACAAUGCCCAAUGGCAAGUACGAAUUUUGAUGUGUAUCGUAUUUUCUGCUGGAGGACGAGACGUGUAAAAACCCGUGAUUAGUAUCUAAAUUGUACAAUUGUAAAUGAAAGAAGUAACAGUGUUCUGUUUAAUUUCUGAGGCUGAAGAAGAUAGAGAGGAGGAGUUAUUUUUUUUAAGAGGAGAAAAACUCCAGCUGCUAACUGUACCUUGAUCUUGACUGGUGACUGGUGACUGGUGAGACAAAUGUAUAUUCUAUUGGCUUGGCUAAAGAAAAGGAAAAGAGAAAAAAGAUAGAAAUGAUUGGACUUGAUAAUGAGUUAUACAGUGUAGAAUUUUCCUUUGGCAUGCUGUUAUUUUUGUAUAAUUUGUAUAUUUAUAGCGAAAUGUUUCGACGAGUCAUAUUCCCAGGUGAUAGGUUCUCUAUUGAAAUAUAACUUGCUGAAAAUGGUUAUGAAGUAUGAAAACAACUCUUUCAAAAUUGUAAUGAGCUGCUCUGUUGCAUGUUUUGUACUGGAAUUUGAAGUUGUAAUGUAAUUACCUGCUCAUUCAGCUA